UCGGGGAAGAGUCACUGGCAUCUUCUGAUCUCAGAAAUAAAACUGAUUGUCUUGUUUUGGAACCUAACCUUGCCAGCACUUGGGAGGCAGAGGCAGGCGGAUCUCUGUGAGUUCGAGGCCAGCCUGGUCUAGAAGAGCUAGUUCCAGGACAGGAACCAAAAAGCUACGGAGAAACCCUGUCUCGAAAAAAAAAAAUUCCCCCCCUGAACCCUCAAGGGACAUGCUGACAUCAUAAUGUAAAUGACAGGGCCUAAAAGCUCCUUGUUAGGCUGGAGGUGGCCCAGAGGUGGGGAAUGAAGGCUGCUCUUGCAGAGACUCAAGUUCAGUACCCGGCACCCAUGUUGUGUGGUCCUCAAACACCUGUCCCUGCAGAUUCCCUCUCGGCCCCUCUCCAUAGCACCUGCACUCAUACGUGCAUACGCAUACACACACAAUUUAAAAUAGUAAGAAAAGCAAAUCUUGUUUGCACUGCCUUGACUCUAGGGAAGAUGGAGUGAUGGGUGGUAUAAUGACUGAUCUGGGCAAUGAGACCGUCAAUCCUCUCUUAAGGCCACUGCUCAGAGUGAUGUGUGUCGGGGCAACAGCAACUAGGAAAUAAUAUGGAGACCUGCAAACCUAGAAAACCAAGCACCUCCAAGUCCCUGAGGGAUCCCACUUGAUCUAUCCCAGCUCUCUUAGAUUCCACUUGGGGCUAUGUUCUAACUUGCAGUUUGCAAUUUAUGGCUAUAGACCCAGUCCAAACUUGACAGUGACCAGUGACUGGCUCCAAAGAAAAUGUGAGUCAGAACAAGUCAUUUGGGAAGACCUUUGAAAGUCUGCCUCAUCACGCCUCCCUUAAUGACAAGUCUGCCUAGCUGAACCCUAGGAGAUUCACAGAUGGAUUCUUCCCUGAGCUUUAGAUAUCAGAGCUCUCAGAGCCACGGGCAGACACAGGGAAGGGCUCAGCUGGUACCUGAGCGUGCCCACAGCCUGGCUUUCCCUGGCAGGGCCUAUUGUGAUGUCAUUGAAUCUCACUAUAAAGGCAGAAGCUGUAGCUGAGAGGGGGCAUAGGCUUGAGGAAUGGCGUUACUGUGGGGCCUGGCUGCCCCACUGCCAGCGUAUCUCAGCGUUGUGUUACUUGGUUUUUUAGUUGUUGUUGCAUGGAUACUGUUUUCUAGGCAUCAGAACAAGGGCCAGGUGGCAGCCAAGACAAAGAUUUCGAAGAAACAUGAAAAAUUCCAGAAACAUCAACUUACAGUUUCACAGCUGAAAAAAGCUGGAAUGAUGAAUAUCAUUGAAGCUGAUCUAACAUGUAUUUCAGGAGACUCUACUGGCUGGAGCCAGGAAUAUAUAUCCAGAUCCAUAGACAGGAGUUUUCAAAAGAUCUUCCAUCAUUUGGAAAAUGCAAGGUCAACACUUAUGAAAACCUUAAAAGAGCCCCAAGAUUGGUCUUCCUCCGGCUCUGACAUUGUGGGUACGACGGGAAACCGUUCUUCUGACUCCAGCAUGUCUUCUGUAUCAUAUAGUGACAGCUCGAACCCAUCCCUUCCAGUUUUUCCUGGAAGAGCAACGCGGCAAUUCCGGAGCCAUAGCUUCCCUGCUCUCUCCCGAAAGGAACCGCCUGCUCCCAGGAGCCGGGGCUCAUCCCUGCCUACUUUACAGAAGACAGAUCUUAAGAAAUCUCUUUUAAAUGAGAGCCUAGACCCCCUAGUAUGGGCUCCACUCCAGCUCUCUCCUAUAGUCAGAGGAGAACUGGAAAGACACAUAUCACAUAAGGUUUCGACUUUGCGGGCACAAGUGGUGCAUCUGCCUGUGAAGAAAUCCUGGGAAAUACGUAACGAAUUGAUGAAUGUACAAGGAGUCCCUGAACAAGGGCUCCCCAAAACUCAGUUACCUACACUCCUCCCUCAGAGGGCUGAGCAAAAUACCAACAGUUCUCCAGAUGCUCCAUCGUUUCAUGUCCAUGUAAACAUUGGGGUGAAUUCUGAAUUAAGCAGGACGGAAGUGUCACAGACGCUGACCUCAAACAAGCAGUUACAGUCUGCGAAUGACCACCAGGUUCUUAGCUACAACCCUGUAGUUAUAUCAAUGGGCACUCCAGCUCCCAUUAACAUAGUUCGGGAAGAAAACGCUUUAAUAAAAAAGGAUCCAAGGCAUGUGUUAGAGCUGAAUAGAGAUCAGAGGGUCCUCGGUCUUCCAGAACAAAGGAUACAGCCACAAAGGGCACAAGUAACUGACGUGGAACUGACAGCCCAGGUACCACGCUCAGCCACGGACAGCGUAAAGGUCACUCCAGUGGCACUGCUUCAGGUUAUGGGCUUGAUGGGAAUGAUCCCAGAAUCACAUGCGCAGGUGAUAGACUGCGUGGGGUUUCCCCCGCAGCCACCAAAUCAAGCAGAAACAGUGAAUCUAACUCCUCAGUCAUCAGAUCAAGUAAUUAAACCAAAAACAGUAAAAAUUCAACAGUAUUCAGCUACGGAAUCAAAGAGUAUGGCCUCAAGACAGAGUCCAGUCACAGAUAAUAUGAAGGUAACUCCUGCGGAAUUGCUUCGCAUCAUGGAUUCUAUGGGGAUGAUUAAUGAAUUAUACCCACAUGUCAUAAAACCAGCAGAAAUAGCCCCAAAGCCACAAUACCAAGUCAUGGAAUCUGCAAAGGUGGAUAUACUGCAUGGCCACCAAGAAAUACCACCAGAAGAUAAGAGUCUAGGGCUACAGCAAUCAGUUCUGGGAACUGUGGAAGUGAUCCCCCAGCCUCAGCAUAAAGUCAUGGGAACACCGAACAUGACCUUGGGCCCACAGAAUCAAGCCACAGAACACAUUGGGAUUGCUCCCGGUCCAAUACAUGAAAAUAUAUUGGAAAUUAGCUCAAGUGCACUUCCUAAAGCCAUUGAUUAUACAAAAGCAACCCCAGUGGCACAACAAACCAUGGAUUUCAUGCAGAAAAUUCCACCAGGAGAGCCACACAUUACAGAACCUAGGGCUUUGAUCCAAACUGAAAAUUUGACCACACUGCCAGCCCAGCCAGACGUUCUGACUUCUACUGUCCCAAGAGGAGCAGCAGAAUCUCGAGGCAUACCUCCACAGCUACCGUCUACAGUCCUAGCGUCAUCAGGAGUGAUUCUGCUACCAUCAGGUCAAUCCCUGCAUGCUCUAAAGGUGACCCCGAUAGUACAGGCGCCACCUGGGGUGGGAAUGAUCCCACCACUCCAAGUUGUAGAGCCUCCUGGUUUGAUUCCACAGCCAGUGGCUCAAGUCAAAGAACCUCUGGACUUGCCUUCUGGGUUCCAGGUUCAAGCUGGAGACUCUGUGGGGAUGACUCCACAACAUCAAGGCGCAGAGGGUGUGUCAUCGACUCCAGGACUGUCUCAGCAGGUCAUGGACCCUUCAAAGUUUACCCCACGGCACCAAGACUUAGACUAUUCUGAAGUGAGCCCAAGGCAAAGUCACAAAAUCCCAGAAAGGGGUGGGACCUCUGACACCCAGCCCCAAAUGAAGAAUUCUGUAGAGAUGACAGAGGUACAUAAUCAAAUAGUGGAACCUGUGAGAACAAUCACAGCACCACUAGAUCAAGGUACAAUACCCAUAGGAAGGAGCCAAAAACAUCACGUUACAGAAGUGGUGCCAGUUACACCACUACUUAAGGAAAUGAAACAUUUGGGGGAAAACUCAAUCCCACAGCCUAAGGUUAUGGAUUCAACGAAUUUAUCCCCAGAAUUACAGAACGUAAAAUCUGAGCACCUAAUCCCAGAUCCAAGAUUGCGAAAUAUGAAAUCUGUGGACAUAGCCAUGGCUUUAGUCCCAGAAAAAGUAAAAUAUGGACCACCGACCUCAAGAGCGGUAUCUACAGAUUUGACCCUAGAAUUGCAUCAGCUGAUUAUGCAGUUUGAGAAAUUAACCCACAGGCCACAAUUGCAAAGUGAGGAAUCUGUGCCAUCAGCCCCUGAAUCUCAACUUCAAGAUGUGAAAUCUGGCCAAGUGAUAGUUGAAGCACAACUCCAAAACAUACAGUCUGCUGGGCUGGCCCCAGGUCCACAGGUGCAAAGUGAUAAAUCAGUACAUUUGACCCCUGGUUCACAGACUCAAGGCAUGCAAAGGGUUGUUCAUUCAGCCCUAUCGCAGGAGUUACAAGGAGAUACAAAAAUGGUGGAGUUGGCUCCAAGACCAUCACUUGAAGAUAAGAAAUCUGUGAACUUAACCCGAAAACCAUAUUCACAAAGCACCAGCUUUGAGAAGACAGCCCAUGUACCAUUGCUCGAAGAUAGAAAGACUCUGUUGGUAGAAGGUAGGAGUUUAAUUCCCGAGGCACUGGUGGAAAGUGUGAAUCUUAGUGAAUUGGUCCCAAGCACACACCUUUGUGCGGUAAAAUCCUUAGAAGUGAACCCCGACCCAAGUUAUCAUUUCCUGGAACCUGCAGAAUUGGCCCUACGGCAUCAAGCCCCAGAAGAAAGAGUGGGCUCUGACAUUUGUCAUCAGGUGGAAGAAUCUGUUGAGCUGACACAAUCAUCAUUAGGAAUGAGGCUGACGCCACUGCGCCAAACCUCAGACUCUAUGGAGAUGUACUCACCACCACUCCAAGAAACUCUUGAAACUAGGAACCAGGUUGUAAAAGAGAUGGAAGAGACUCCAGAAUCACAAAACGCAAUUAAAGAUGCUCUGGAUUUGCUACCAGAAUCAGAAGUGCAGAAUAUGAACUCAGUGGUGAUGGCCCCAGAACCACAUCCCUACUCAGAUGGGAAGUUUCUGCAUGGGACUCUAGAAUCGUGUUCAGAAAUAACUCUAAGACCAGAAUACAAAGACAGAGAGACUAUCAGAUUAACAUUACCUAAAGUUGAUGAUACUCAGGGGGCCAUGAUAGAACCAUAUUCAGAAAUGGAAUCUCUGGAGUUGGGUCUAGAACCAGGAGUGCAAGGUGAGAAAUCGGAGUCCUUGGCUCAACAUUUGCAAUCUGGGGAAGUAAUUGGUAAACCACCUGUACUAGCUGUAGAGACUAUCACACUAACUACAGGACCCAAACCACACAUUAAACAUGUGAUCCCAGGGCCCCAGCUCAAAGUCAAACUUAGGCAAAUGGAUACAGAAUCACAGUUGCAAAAUGAAGACUCUAUAAAUGUAACACGACAGUCGUCUCUAGGAGAGGUAGGUCCUGAAAAGACAAAGCCAGAGUCAGGGCCACAAAGUCCAUCCCCGAAGGAACUGAUUGAGGAGACACAGCCCCCGAAAGUGAAAUCUGUGCAUUUCAAUCUAGGACCACAGCAGCUAAGUAUCAAAUCUGGGUUGAUUCCAGGGCCACAACUGCAAAGUGUCAGAUUUCCAAAGUUCUACCAAGGGGGAAAACGAGGAAAUGUCAUCUCAGGCCCCCCACGUUAUGGUGUGAAAUCUGAUGAGGCACCAUCACGUUCCCCAGUACCAGAAAUCAGAUCAUCAGAUUGUAUCCCGGGGCCAAAUCUUCCAGAAGCAAAACUGCAACAUGUGAAGCCUGUGGAAGUAAAUGUAGGACCAUGCUCGCAAGCUGUGAAAUUCUCUGAUCUGACCCCUGAGCCCAAGCACCAAGGUUUCAGAUGUACACAGGUCAUACCAGGUAUUCACUUUCAAGAUAGGAAGUCUCAGGGACUUUUGCCAGAACCCUUUUUGCCAUUAAGCCAAGAGCCACAGGUUGAAGAUAGGAAACUUGUUCUACCUAUGGAAGUAUCAGAGUUUCAUAGCAGGAAACACACAAUACCAGCCUCUGAACUACAAUAUCCAAGCAUGAUAUCUGAGGAGGUAAACCCGGAACUGCGGCAACAAGAUACCAAAGUGUCUGAGUUCGCUUCUAGGCUAAGACCUCAAGGGGUAAAAUUUGGGGAGCAAACUGCAGGACCGUUGUUUCACGGUAUGCAUUUUAUGACUCCAGAGUUGGGGAUACAUAAUCCAAAGCUAGCGAAGAUGACCCCAGAGCUCAACGAUACAAAGCAGGUGAGUUUUAACUCGUGGCCGUGCCUGCAAAAUGUCAAUUUUUUUGAUGGAACAUCAGGAACUCAAUCUCAAGGUGUGACGACUUCAGAGUUACACUCGGGGCCACAGUUGGAGUGUGUAAAAAUGUUUGAGUUUACCACACAGCCAAAGAGGCAAGGGAUGAAGCCAGAGUUAAUAAUACAGGAGACGCUGUUUGAAGACAGGGCAUAUGUCACAAGGAAUCAAGCACCAAGCUUUGAAGAUGAGAUGUCUUAUAAACUACCUUCUGGGCCACAGAUACCAAUGGCAGAAUCAGUGAGGUUGACUCCUGGGAUACAGCUAGCAAGUGUAGACCAUUCUGAGUUGGUUGGAAGACCAGAGGCACAAGGUAUAGAAUCUUCUGAAUCGAUCCCUGGGCAGCAUUUGGGACAUAUAAAAUGUGUGGAGAAGGUCACAGCAUCAAAGCAGGAAGAGUUAACACCAGGGCCACAUUUGGGAGAUGUGAAAUCUAUGGAGUUAAGGUCAAAGUCAGAGAGGGAAAAUGUCAAAGCUAUACUGUUAACCCCAGGGAAACAAGCAGGAGAUAAAGAACCUGAGGAGCUGCCCCUGGGCCCCAACUUGAAAGGUUUAAAAUCUGAGUUACUACCUUCAAGACCACAGUUAGAGGAUAGGAGAUCUGCGGUCUUAACUCUAGGACAAUGUCCAGAGAGGAUAAAAUCUACAGUGGUCUCCCCAUGUAGCUCCCAGUCAGAUGGUACAAAAACUGUGAAGUUGAUUCCAGGUUCAACAAUUCAAGAUUUGAAGACUGUGGGGCUGGCCCGUGAUACACAUGUGCAAGAUCUAAAUGCCAUGGGUUUGAAACUUGAACCAAAGCAAGAAGAGAGUCCUGUGACUUUUGUACCAGGGAAAGAGUUUCAAGAUGAGUUUAUGGAGGUGUUGCAAGUGCCUCAACUACAAGGUCUAAAACCCAAGGAACUGACUGCACAGUCACAAAUGCGGGGUAGGAAACAUGUGAUUAUCUCAUGUUUGAAGCCACAAAGUCUAAAACCUGUGAAUAUAGCCAAAACACAAGGAAUCCCAGGAGUAAAACUUGUGAAUUUAGUCUCAACACAACCGUGUCGAGGGAUGGCGCCUACGGAUUUAACUCUCAAGCCUGGACAGGAUGACCAGAUAACUGUAAGAUCACCCGAGUGGAAAGGUGGGGUUUUAGACCAGCUGAGCAAGCAUUUUGAGUCAGAAAAUGUGUUAUCCAUGAAGUCAGGUCAAGAAGCCAAACCUGCAGAUAAAAAACGCAAAGAGAUCAAAUUUAAAGUACAAUUUAAAGAUACACCAUCAUUUGAAUCGACUCCUAAACCAGUUGUUCACAGUGUAAAACCUGAAGAGGCCCAAGAUGAACCCCAGGUGCCAAGUAUGAAACCAUGCCAGGUGACUCCAGGGCCACAGGAGCACCAGGUGAAAGUCUCAGAGCCAAUGUUAGAGCCACCAUUUCAAGAUGUGAAAACCAUGGUGCUCACAGAGCCACACACUGGAAGUACAAAAUCCGUCCGAUGGAUACCAAUAUCUGAGUUUCAAAGUGAGAAAUGGGUAGGGUCAGACUUGAGGUUGCAAUCUCAAAGUGCCAAACCUACAGAAUUGAAGCCGUCUACAGAAUGGAGGGGUGUGAGGCCCUCUGAAUUGACUGUCAGGUCUAAAAUAGUUCAAGAAGAAAAAUCUGUAGGGUUGCAUCUUGAGCCACAGUCACAGCAAGUAAAAACCUCUCCGUUAGCACUAGGGCUUCAGAAAACAAAAACUUUGAACUUAACAUCAGAGCCACAACCUCAAGGAAUCAAAACUGUGGAUCAAAACAAAGAUCCACCAGUUGGAAGGGUAAGAUCCAUUGAGUGGAUACCAGGACCUGAGUUCCACAGCAUGAAGUGUUUAGGGUUAAAUUAUGGGUCACAAUCUCAAGGUGUCAAAUCUACAGAACAGAAAAUGUCUAUACAGUUGGGAGGUGUGAAGCCAUCAGAGACGACUGUAAGGCCAAAACUUCAAGAAGAAAAAUCUGUGGGUUUUAACCUUGAAUCACAAGUAAACUAUACGAAGACACCUGAGUUGUCCCCAGAACCAGAGAUACAGAAAGGAGAAAACGUCACAUCCAAUUCAGAACCACAGCCUCAGGGGAUCAAAACUGUGGAUCAAAACCAAGAUCCAUCAGUUGUAAGUGUUAGAUCCGUUCAGUGGAUACCAGGACCUGAGUUCCACAGCGUGAAGUGUUUAGGGUUAAAUCGUGGGUCACAAUCUCAAGGUGUCAAAUCUACAGAACAGAAACCAUCCAUACAGCUGGGAGGUGUGAAGCGACCUGAAACAACUGUAAGGCCAAAACUUCAAGGGAAUAAAUCUGCAGAUUUUAACCUUGAGCCAAAAGUACAGCACAUAAAAACCCCUGGGGCAUCCCCAAAACCAGAGUUACAAGAAGGGGAAAACUCAGAGCCACAGUCUGAGUGUGUAAAAAGUGUGGCCUUACACGACGGAUCAGAGCCACAGUCUGAUUGUGUAAAAAGUGUGGCAUUACAUCACAGAUCAGAGCCACAGGCUGAGUGUGUAAAAAGUGUGGCAUUUCACAACGGAUCAGAGCCACAGGCUGAGUGUGUAAAAAGUGUGGCAUUACACCACGGAUCAGAGCCACAGGCUGAGUGUGUAAAAAGUGUGGCAUUUCACGACGGAUCAGAGCCAAAGGUUAAGUGUGUAAAAAGUGUGGCAUUACACCACAGAUCAGAGCCACAGGCUGAGAGUGUAAAAAGUGUGGCAUUACACCACAGAUCAGAGCCACAGGCUGAGCGUGUAAAAAGUGUGGCAUUACACCACAGAUCAGAGCCAAAGGCUAAGUGUGUAAAAAGUGUGGCAUUACACCAUGGAUUACAGCUUGAAAAUACAAAAUCUGUUCAGUGGAUCCCAGCAUCUGGCUAUCAAGCUAAGAAAUCUAUGCUGAAUCUUAGGUUACAAUCUGAAGAUGUCACAGCUAAAGAGUUAAACCCUUUGGCACAACUAAAGAAUGUGAAGACUUCUAAUGAGUUGAUUACAGGGCUGAAGUUACAAAGUAAACAACUUACAGGGUCAACGCCGGAACAACAGUCUCGUGGGUUCAAAACUAUUGAUUUUAAAUCGGAGCGCCAGUUUAGAAGUAUGAAAGGAUGUGACCCAAACGUAAGGUCAAAGAUUAACAAUAUAAAAUUCACAUUUGAACCCAGGUUUCCCUUAGAAGUCACAGGCUCUCCUGGAUUGAACCCUGGAAUGCAGCCACAAGAAGUGACCUUAGGGUCACCCCCAGGAACACAACCUCAAUCUGUGACAUCUUUAGUGUUUAAACAAGAGUCACAGGCCUCAGAAGCGAACUAUGGGGUAUUAAGCCAAAGGGCACAACCACAAAGCAGUAUGGAGUUAAAAAGUGCAAAAUCUUCUGAGUUAGCACUUCAGACAAAGCCUUGGGAUAUAAAAUCUGAGAUCAACUCUGGGCCCCAGUGGCAAAGUGCAGAAUGUUCUGACUUGACACCUGAAACAGAGUCCCAAAAUAUGAAAUGUGUCACGUCAAGUCAAGGUAAGCCAUUUGCCAAUCAAAGUGUCCAGCUAGACUGUAAACAUGGGUCACAGUGGCAAGGUAUAAAAUCCAAUCCAGGUCUGAGGACAAAGUCCCAAGAAAUGGAAAUAGAAGACUGUGAAUCAGGCCCACAGUUACAAGAUCUGAAAUCUUCAAGGACAAUCAUGGGUAUAAAGGUCCAAGAUGUCAUAUCUAUGGGCUUUACUCCUGGACCACAAUUACAAGGUAUGCCAUCUGAAGUCCUUACAGAGAAGAGGGUUCAUGGUGUGAAACUGGUAGAAAGCAAACCUAGUUCAAAGUUACAAGGUAAGAAACCUGAUUUCACCCCAAGGAAGAUGUUUUUAGGCACAAAAUCAGUAGAGCUGGACUCAGUGUCCCCUUUACAAGAUUUGAAAUAUGCUGAGCAGAUCUUGGGUAUGAAACUUCAAGAUGUGAACUCUAUGGAACAUCACGUUACAAGUAUAAAAUCUCCCGAGCUGGUAACACAGAUAAAAUCCCAAGGCAUAAAAGCAAUGGACUUUAAUUCAGGAUCACAGCCACAAAAUAAAAAGCCAUCUGAGUUGGCUCAUGGGAAAAAGCUCCAAAGUAUGGAAUCUUUGAUAGUGGAGUCAAAGUCCCCAAAUGGGGAAUCUGUGGAGUUAAACUUGUGUGUGAAUUCUUCCGUAUGCACCCCAGGACCAAGUCUUCCGUGUGUGAAUUCUUCUGUAUGCACCCCAGGACCAAGUCCUCCGUGUGUGAAUUCUUCCGUAUGCACCCCAGGACCAAGUCCUCCGUGUGUGAAUUCCACUGAGUGCAAUUCUAAAGCACAUUUUCAAAAUGUGAAUUCUUCUGCAUGCAUUCCAAGCCAAAACCCUCAGUGUGAACAUUCUAAUAGGAAUAAUCUUGGGCCACUUCUUCAAGGAAUGCAUUCUGGUACAACAUUUCCAGCAGCACAAAUGAUGUGUGUAAAUUCUGUUUGGUGCAGUGUCCAAACACAUUUGCAAAAUGUGAAUUCUUCUGCAUGUCCUCGAAGACAAGAAUCACAGUCUGCAAAUUCUAUGGGCUACAACCCUGGGCCACAUUUAGAAGCUCCUAAACAUCAAGGUAUGAAGUUUCCUGAGUUGAACCCAGGGACAGGAAUUCAAAGAGAGAUGCCUAUAACGGUUAACCCAGGACAGCACUUGCAAGAUUUAAGGCUUGAAUUAACUCCAGGGUCAAAUAUUGCAGGUAUAGCACCUGCAGAAUACAACCCUGGGCCACAGGAACAAUGUAUGAAUUUUUCUGAAUUGAAUCCAGGAUUAGAAUUACAACGCAUAAAUUUAGCGAAGCUUGGUUCAGGGCCACAGUUGCAAAACAUAGAGUCCUUUGCAUGGACCCCUGGAUCAGAAUCUCAGUAUACAAGACCUGUUCUAUUGAGCCCCGGACCCCCUUUUCAAGGUGUGAAGCCAUCUAACUUAUCGGUAGGGGCAAAGUUUCAAGAGAUCCCAUUUUUGAAGAAGCAAUUUGGGUCACGGCAGCAAACUGCACAACCCAUGUUGACUCCGAAGCCUCAGUCAACUGGUGUGGACUCUGUGGAAGUUUUACCAACACCACUGCCUGAAGAUAAAAUGUUUCCAGAGAUGAGCAAACAACCAUUGCUGUUCCUGCCACGAAGUGGAAACUCUGUGGGCUUAUCACCAAGUCCAUUCCUUCAAAAUGUGACAUUUGGGAACCAAAUUCCCCAAACAAAUGAUCAAAUCACAGAACCCUCUAAGGUGACAGGCAGACCAGCACACCACCUGGUGGACUAUGCAGAGAUGAACACGAAGAUCAGGUACCAAGCCCCUAAAUUGGUAAAUUAUAUUCCGCUGCCCGUUUAUCAAGAAGAUGCGGGAUCUUCAGAAAUGAUGAAAGGGUUGGGACACAAAAGCACAGAAACAACAGAGAAAUCUAUGAGGUUGACCUCCAAGCCAACGGAUACAGUCACAGAAUCAUUGGGGAUGCCGCAGCAGCCAGAGCUUCAAGUGCCAGGAUUUGCUGAUCUGACUCCAACACUAAGUGAUCAAAAAGGUUCAGAUGCCUCAGAACUGACCCCACAGAAAAACUACCAGAGCCUAGAAACCCUGGAGUUGCUUUCUUGUUCGUGGCCUCAAGUGAAAGAUUUCGUGCAGUCACAGACCCAACCAGCCACAGGAUCUAAGAGAAUGACCCUCGACCUCAAGAAUCAUGCCACAGAAAUGACGGGGCUAACUUGUAAGAUAAGACAAGGGAAAGAAUUUCUUAGAGUGUCUUCAACGCCAGUAAACAGAGAGAAUGAAUGUGUUGAAAAAUCUCCACGGCCAUAUCCUCAAGACUUAGAACCUGUGAUGGGGAGCUCCGAGAAAAGAUCCCCAAGGGAACAAUCUGUAGCCUCGUCACCAAGGCCAUUCUAUCAUGUUCCAGAUUCUGCUCCGGGGAUAACACCAGGACCUCAGAUUCCCGAAUCUGUAGGUUUGAUCUCUAAGCCAUGGCUGCAAAGGGAAGAAUUCCUAGAGUUGGCCGCCAAGCCAACCAAUCAAGUUGUGGGAAAUACAGCCUCUGUAGAGCUCCCGUUUGAGGAAUGUCAGACAGAAGAGGUAGGAAGUGGUCUACCAACGCCCCAGAAGACAAGCAUUGAAAAAGUGAACGCCACUCCAAUAGAAUCACUGGAUCAGAUUAUAAACUUUGUAACGGUCAGCCCAAAGCCACUCAAUCAAAUGACAGAACCUGCAAAGACACAGCUUCAAGUUCCUCAAGUCUCUAAAUCUCUGACAGUGAUUCCUGGACCACCACUUCAAGUUAUAGAGUCAGUGAUGAUACCGGAGCCGACCUCUCAAGGGUCAAAAUAUGUUGAUUUGACUCCCAAACUGCAUGAUAUGAUAGUUUCAGAGUUUGCUCCAAGACUUUGGCUACAAAAUGUUCAAACUAAGAAAUUAAUUGCAGAGCCAACACAUCAGAUUUUAGAAAUGAUAGAAUUACCAGGCUUUCAAGUGAUAAAGACAAUAUUGCAUCCCAAGCCCCUGCUUCUGAUUGCGAGAUCCGAAGAGCUGGCACCGGGACCAAGUCCUCAGGCUGUAGAACCAAUAGGAGUUGCCACAAGAUCAAGAACUCAAGUAAAGGAUCCUUUGAAUUUGCUCCCAAGACCACAUCUUCAAGACAAGAUAAAACCUAUAGAACGAACUCUAAGGGCAAAUAUUCAAGAAAAUUUUCCAGAAUUAAUCUUACAGCAAACAUCUCCACUUGAGGAACCUCCAGUAUUAACUCACAAGCAAAGGCUUCAGGCUGGAAAAUCUGUAGGACUCAAAAGAGACUCUCCUAAAGUACUGGAAAUGGAUCUGAAUCAAGGACGGGCGUUUCAGAACAGAGAUUCAGAAAUGAUAACAUCAGAAAAGUUACAAGCAGAGAAUUACUUCUCUAGGUUCCUAAGCAGCCCUCCGAUCCCAUUCAUUUCAAGCUCUGUCAAAACAAGCGAAUUAGGGCCCCUUCAGGGUUCUGGAAUGCCGGAAGUGUCAAGAGCCCGGACUAUGAAGAACUUUAAUGUUGGCAUUUUGCAGUCUCCAGAGUCCUAUACAGACACUAUUAGGAUACGGUCACCAGCUCUUCCCUUGGUCCUUCCUUCUGAUAAAACAGGGAACUCUGUGGGAUCCCUAUAUCCUGAGAUCUGGGAUAUGGAUUUCAUAACUAAGGAAUCAACCGAAAAGAAGCAAAUGGAAGAAUUUGGGAAUACACUGCAGAGCUAUUCUCCGUAUCCACUGAGAUUACUACCCUCGGAGUUUCAGGCAGGAUUAGGAGCUCGAAGAAACUCUAUUCGUUCUUUCCUGGGCAGACAACUGAACAUCUGGGAAAGCCAUGUCUGUAGGCAGCGACUACCCAGGAAGUACCUCUCCAAUAUGCUGAUGCUGGGGAAUGUUCUGGGAACCACUAUGGAAAGAAAGCUUUGUUCUCAACCGUUUUUAACAGAAGGAGCCACUAUGGGUAUCUGCCAAUCAAUUCAGAAUUUAUUUGGGGUUCCAGCUGAAUUGAUGGAAUUUUCCCAGAGCCUACUAGAGAGGGGCCCAAGGACAAUUUCACAGACGUCAGUGGUCAAAAACUAUAUUCAGAGACAUAUCUUAGGCCAUGGUCACGAGAAAAGAAUACCCUUAAAGAUGUGGACACGUGGAUCCACAUCCUCCAUAAUACAGCAGUACUCUGGGACUAGAUUGGGACUAAAGAAAACGAACUCAAAACUCAGUGAUAUAUUCCAGGAAGCCACUCAGCACGUGCCUGUCUCAUGUACAGGGGCCCAGUUUUUUGCCUUAGGGAAGCCAGAGUCUCCUUUCGGGAUACUUUACAGUAGGGAAGAUCCUGUUUCCAGGGAGCCGAGUAAUAUCUCCCAGAGCGAUUCACAAACAGGAACUUCCGAGACUCACCACUCCUUCGAGGCAAGUUAUUUUUCCCAGACCAAUACCGAGCUCUCAGAAGAGCUUAAAGAUCUAAAGCUAGAGAUAGCAGCAAAACUCUUACGGAGUCAGAUACCCUACAACGUCCGUCCACCCUCAGAGUCGGGUCUUGUCCUGAAAUACCCCAUCUGCUUGCAGUGCGGCCUAUUUUCAGAAUGUGGAUGUGGUCAUAAGUCCCAGUCUGCUUACAUUCUCGUCUACCCACAGACCCACCUUAUAAAAACCCCUGAAGGCCGUGGUGAGAUCCAGACGCAUCUUGGUUUUAGGUUGCACAUUAGAAAAAGACCUCAAGUCUCAAAGGAUUGUGGGAGAAACAGAGCAGACACAUCGAAGAACCCUUCCUCAUCAUCACACAGAAAAGCUAAAAUCUAUACUCCAGUUUCCAAGAGUCCAACUUCUACAAGAGAUUUCCAGUCCGGAUCUUCCCAGUCUCCGGCUUCUGUACCAGUUCACAGGAGGCAAAAGCAAUGGGGCAGCCAUGGUGUGGCAAGGAAGACAAAAGCCAAAGACUCUGGGCAUUAUGAAUUCUGUGAGGUUCUCUCCGCGUCAGAGAGUGACUCUGAAAGUAACCAGCAUGAAAAAUGGGCUAAGUCAAGACUCAGUAAGACCUCAGACUUAAAAUAUCCAAUGAAGAAAAUCACCAAGGAACUUAAAAAGCAAAACAUAAAGCUCUACAAAAACAGUAGACCCACAGAAGAAUGUCCUUCUGGAACACUGACAGAUCCAUCAAGAAGCAAGAGUAUCAAAACCACUCAAACCAGCACUGUUUCUUCAAAGAGACAACCGAAGAAAUCCUCUCAGCCCAGGUUCAUCCAGCGGCUUUCUCAGGGCCUAAAGCAGGCAUUCCAAAGAGCACAUAGAGCUAUGGCUAUCACCAGACAGAAGCCUGAGGACAGGGCUAGUCCAGACAAUUUGUGGUCAAGCAAAAACUUGUACCCCGAAGAAAAAGACGAGGAUGAUUGUUUAACAGAUGGCAGAGGGGCCAGCACUCCUGUUAUCAAGCAAAAGUUCAUGGGUUCCACCCCUAAGAAAGAAGACAGAUCACAGGAAACAUGUGACCAAGCUCAACAAUCAAAACAAGUGAGCUCUCUCCAACCCAGACCUUUGGAAUUGGCGAAGAACAUUGUUUCUGAGAGGAAUGUCAUUAUCCUAGCUACUCCAAUCCUACAGCCUUUGAGUAGAGUUCUAAAUGUCAACAGCAGAACAAAGAAAAACUAUGAAUUCUUCAGUCCAGAGUCUAAGAACUGUUCUAAAGUAGGAGCCAAAUUUCAGGUCCAAGAGACACUCGUGCCUGACUCCCUUCUGAAGAGAACCAUGCAGAGUCACUUCAAACACGAGCAAGAACAACACAGGACCUAUCACAGCCUGUCUGAGAGAUCUCUUCGGACACACCACAGUCCUCAGAGAAAGCCUAGGAGUCCCUCUGACAGAACCCUUAGCAGCCUCUCAGUGAGGGGAUGUCGCAGUCCCUCCCAGAGGAAGGAUGGCAGUCCCUCUAGAAGAACCCCUCAGAGUAUCUCUGACAGGAGCCCACCCAGGCUCUCUAAGGGGAGAGGUCGCAGUCCCUCAGGGAGGAGCCAACCCAGCCCUUCUGGGAGAAGGCCUCGCAGUUCCUCAGGGAGGAGCCCUCGUAGUAGUACCCCUAGUAGCCCUCGAGAGAGAAGGGGACGUAAUCCCUCCCCCAAGGGUUGGCUUGGUCUUUAUGGGAGGAACCAACACAGUCCCCCUUAUCAGAGAUGCUGCAGCCCCUCCAAAAGGAGCCAUCUCAGUCCCAUCCAGAGGACAUGGGCCAGUCCUUCAGAAUGGAGCCAUAGUACUCUCUCUGAGAGACCCCCUUCCAGACGCUCUGGCAGGACAAGGCAAAGUUCUUCUGAAAGAGGCUACCGCAGUCCCUCUAGGUCCAGGCUCCACAGGCCUUCUUCCGGACUCCACCGCAGCCAUUCUCAGAGAACUCACUACAGCCCCUCUGACAGCAGAAGCAGUCAUUCUGAGAGGAGCCGACACUUAGAGAGGAACCAGCAAGGUCACCAUGCGAGACCCCAUCACAGCCCCAAGGGGAGGCUCCGGCACAGUUCCCCUAAGGAGAGACCCAGACAUAGCUGGUCUAAAGAGUUCCUGCAAAUCUUCACCUAGCUGCCCCUUCCUGCUCAGCCACUGCCUGCACCCUCAGCAAUCAAAGAACUAUCUAGGAGGGGAGUGAGAAUGGGUCCGUAAUUUAUUUAAGAUCAAUAAAGGGGUAAUAAUUGAA